AUGGCCGAGGCCACCCCUGCCGCCGGGGCCACGUCCCUGGAGGGCGAGCGCGGCAAGAGGCCCCCACCUGAGGGCGAGCCUGCAGCCUCGGCGUCCGGGGUGCUGGAUAAGCUUUUUGGGAAGAGGCUCCUGCAGGCAGGGCGCUACCUGGUGUCCCACAAGGCCUGGAUGAAGACGGUGCCUACGGAGAACUGCGACGUCCUCAUGACUUUCCCAGACACAACCGAUGAUCACACCCUGCUGUGGCUGCUGAACCACAUCCGCGUGGGCAUCCCAGAGCUCAUCGUGCAAGUCCGCCACCACCGCCGCACGCGUGCCUAUGCCUUCUUCGUCACUGCCACCUAUGAGAGCCUACUCCGAGGGGCGGACGAGCUUGGGCUGCGCAAGGCGGUGAAGGCCGAAUUCGGUGGAGGCACGCGCGGCUUCUCCUGCGAGGAGGACUUCAUCUACGAGAAUGUCGAAAGUGAACUGCGCUUCUUCACCUCCCAGGAGCGCCAGAGCAUCAUCCGCUUCUGGUUGCAGAACCUUCGCGCCAAGCAGGGCGAGGCACUGCACAAUGUGCGCUUUCUGGAGGACCAGCCAAUCAUCCCCGAGCUGGCAGCCCGAGGAAUCAUCCAGCAGGUGUUUCCAGUGCACGAGCAGCGCAUCCUAAACCGCCUCAUGAAGUCGUGGGUGCAGGCCGUGUGUGAGAACCAGCCCCUUGAUGAGAUCUGCGACUACUUCGGCGUCAAGAUCGCCAUGUAUUUCGCCUGGCUGGGCUUCUACACGUCGGCCAUGGUGUACCCGGCGGUCUUCGGCUCGGUGCUGUACACGUUCACAGAGACCGAUCAGACAAGCCGAGACGUGUCCUGCGUGGUCUUCGCCCUCUUCAAUGUGGUGUGGUCCACGCUGUUCCUGGAGGAGUGGAAACGGAGGGGGGCAGAGCUGGCCUACAAGUGGGGGACCCUGGACUCACCCGGGGAAGCCGUGGAGGAGCCCCGACCCCAGUUCAGGGGUGUCCGGCGCAUCAGCCCGGUGACUCGGGCUGAAGAGUUCUACUACCCACCCUGGAAGCGACUGCUCUUCCAGCUGCUCGUCAGCCUGCCGCUGUGCCUGGCCUGCCUGGCCUGUGCCUUCCUGCUCAUGCUCGGCUGCUUCCAGCUGCAGGAGCUGGUGUUGACGGUCAAGGGGCUGCCUCGCCUGGCCCGCUUCCUGCCCAAGGUCGUGCUGGCUCUGCUGGUCAGCGCCAGCGCCGAGGGCUACAAAAAACUCGCCAUCUGGCUCAAUGACAUGGAAAACUACCGGCUGGAGAGCGCCUACGAGAAGCACCUCAUCAUCAAGGUGGUCUUGUUCCAGUUCGUCAACUCAUACCUGAGCCUCUUCUACAUUGGCUUCUACCUCAAGGACAUGGAGCGCCUGAAAGAGAUGCUGGCCACCCUGCUCAUCACCCGCCAGUUCCUCCAGAAUGUGAGAGAGGUCCUGCAGCCGCACCUGUACCGGCGGCUGGGCCACGGCGAGCUGGGCCUGCAGGCUGUCUGGGAGCUGGUCCGAGCCCUGCUGGGCUUGCUGGGCCCCCGGUGCCCUGCCCCGCACCGCCUGGAACCCCAGGCUGAGGAGGGGACUGGCAGUGUGGGGGGCCGCCGCUGCCUUCGUGGGGGCUGUGGGGCACCUGAGGAGGAGGAGGAGGCCACGGUGGAGCGGCGGCCAGCUGGGGAAGGUGGGGAGGAGGGAGAUGGGCUGCCGGGGGGCCAGGAGGAGGUGGAGGACGAGGAGGAAGAGGAAGAGGAAGACGAGGAGGAGGAGGAGGAAGGGGAGGAAGACAGCCUCCUGGACUGCGGGCUACGACUGAAGAAAGUCAGCUUUGCUGAACGGGCCAUCAGACGGCGCGGGGGCCCAAGCCCCGAGGCCCUGCUAGAGGAGGGCAGCCCCACCAUGGUGGAGAAGGGGCUGGAGCCCGGGGUAUUCACACUGGCCGAGGACGAUGAUGAAGCUGAGGCCGAGGAGGCCCCUGGCAGCCCGGAGCAGGAGCCGGCCACCGUGCUGCUACGCCGGGCAGGGGGCGAGGGCCGAGACCAGGGCCCCAAUGGUGGCCCAGAAGCUGAGCCGGGCCCAGGUGACUCUGCCCACCGGCCACGGCGGCAGAACCGGGCCUCCUGGAUCGACCCGCCUGAAGAGGAGCACCCCCCCCAGCUCACACAAGCAGAGCUAGAGAGCUGCAUGAAGAAGUACGAGGACACGUUCCAGGACUACCAGGAGAUGUUCGUGCAGUUUGGCUACGUCGUGCUCUUCUCCUCGGCCUUCCCGCUGGCCGCGCUCUGUGCCCUCAUCAACAACCUCAUUGAAAUCCGCAGCGACGCCUUCAAGCUGUGCACUGGCCUGCAGCGGCCCUUCGGCCAGCGCGUGGAGAGCAUCGGCCAGUGGCAGAAGGUGAUGGAGGCCAUGGGUGUCCUGGCUAUCGUGGUCAACUGCUACCUGAUCGGCCAGUGUGGGCAGCUGCAGCGCCUCUUCCCCUGGCUCGGCCCGGAGGCGGCCAUCGUGUCCCUGGUGGUGCUGGAGCACUUCGCUCUGCUGCUCAAGUACCUCAUCCACGUGACCAUCCCUGACAUCCCCGGCUGGGUAGCCGAGGAGAUGGCCAAGCUUGAGUACCAGCGCCGGGAGGCUUUCAAGAAGCACGAGCGCCAGGCGCAGCACCACUACCAGCAGCAGCAGCGGCGGCGGCGCGAGGAGGAGGAGCGGCAGCGGCACGCGGAGCACCACGCCAGGCGCGAGCGCGACGCCGGGGGCGGCCGGGAGGAAGCACGGCCCGAGGGCUCCGGGCUGGACCCUGCCGCAGCAGAGAAGGCCUCUGCCAAAGCCAAGGGUGGCCACGGCGCGGGCAGCCACACGGAGCGGCCCAAGCGCCCGGGCUCGCUGCUGGCGCCCAACAACGUCAUGAAGCUGAAGCAGAUCAUCCCGCUGCAGGGCAAGUUCCUGUCCUCGGGCGCCGCCGCCGCCGCCUCGCCAGCUGGCGCGGCCACAAGCCCCACCGCCCGGCCGGCCAGCGCCCAGUCGCCCACGGGCAGCGACACCCGCCUGCCCGCCUUUCUCAGCUUCAAGUUCCUUAAGUCGCCCGAGACCCGGCGGGACCCUGAGCAGCGCAGCCACUCGCCGCCCAAAGCCUUCCACGCCGGCAAGCUUUUCCCCUUCGGCGGGGCCCGGGCCGAGGCCGGGGCCAACGGGGCGGGCGGGCAGGCCCGGCCGGAAGGCAUCCCCGGCUGCAGCCGGCCCCAGCGGAGUGGGCCGGUGGACGAGGCCGCAGCGGAGGAGCCGGAAGUCACCCGGCCCGAGGAGGAUGGCCCAGGGACAGCGCUGGCCCCAGUGGGCGCCCCUGCCCUCCGUACUCGCCGCAGCCGGAGCCCUGCGCUGCCAUCAUCGCUGCCACUGCCGCUGCCCCAGGCCCCAACACCACCACCCACCAGCUGCUGGCAGUGGGACGGGCCUUGGGGGUGUGGGGGCGAGGGUGCCAUUGCCGCUGCCCGCCAAGUCCCUGCCAAUGCCGCGGAGUGCCCACCAUGUGCCCAUACUGGGCCCCUGCCUGCUCCACAACCCCUUCCAGGGGAUGCCAGCUUCUACAGCCUCCCACCCCCACCCCCACCCACCUCAGAGCAUUCGGAGUCGCCAGCACCCAGCCCGAGCCCCCAGGCUGUGUGCUGGCCCAGUGGCUGGCACUAACCUGCUUGCCUGCCAUGCUCAUAUGCAAUACCCCAGUGCUGGCUGCACCCUCGGAGGGCCGGGGCCACCCAGUCUGCCGUUGUCCUUUCGACCGGGAGAGGGAUGAAAGGACACCCACAAACCAACAGAACACACACACACACACACAUACACAAUAGGCACUUAUUUAUUUGUUUUUAAUUUAUUUUGUCAUAUUUUUGUAAAACGGCAGAAAUGCAAUAAAAAGUCUAUUUCAACAGUG